AUGGAAUAUGUCAAUCUCGGCCGCUCCGGGCUGAAAAUCUCGAAGGUCAUUCUUGGAUGCAUGUCGUACGGUACGUCGGGCUGGCAGGAAUGGGUUCUUGACGAGCACCAAGCAUUGCCGUUGCUUGAGUAUGCGUACAAGAGGGGUAUCAACACAUGGAACACAGCAGACACCUCCUCCAACGGUCAAUCCGAAGCCCUCAUCAGCAAAGCCCUGGGUUGUCUGACCGAAUGUUUCGCCGGAGUAAACGAUGAGGGUCGCCAAACCCAGAUCUCGGACUCCAUUGUCAACGACGGGCCGUGGGUGAACAGGGUCGGAUUAUCGCGCAAACACAUCUUCGACGCCGUCGAUGCGGGUGUCCAGAGACUGGGCUCGUAUAUCGAUGAGAUUAUGAGGGUGUUGAAUGACGUUAUUGAGAGUGGAAAGGUGCGGUAUAUCGGGGCCAGUUCGAUGGCAGCAUGGGAAUUCCAAGCACUGCAAAACAUUGCGGUCCGCAAUAACUGGCACCGAUUCAUCUCGAUGCAGAACUACCACAAUCUGCUCGCCCGCGAGGAAGAGCAAGAGAUGUUCCCGUACUGUAUUGAUGCUGGGAUUGGGCUUGAUUCCCUGGUCGCCGCUCGCACGCGUGUACGUGAUGUGACGGAUCGGGCGGUGAGGUCGUUGGUGCGUGGUGAGUUCGAUGGGGAUCAGAAAAUUGUAGAUCAUGUCGAGGAGGUAGCUGCGAAGAAAGGGGUGUCGAUGGCGCAAGUCGCUACGGCGUGGUCAUUGAGCCAUCAUGGGAUGAAUCUUAUUCUGGGGCUGAACAGUAAAGAGCGGGACCGACGAGGUGGUUACUCGUAUCCAGAUUAA